UGAGGUCAUUGUGGUCUGUGCACCCUACCGCUUAUGGCAUUCAGCUCUAAACUAUCGACGACGACGCGUUGCGCUUUCUGUUUCGCUCUUUCUCUUUUAUCUCCUUGCAACAGAUGAUCCAGCUUUUCGUCUUCCGUUCUCUCUGAGCUUCCCAAGUGUAUCCAAUUCAACUGCAAAAUCUCCCGUCCUCAAGCCUUUAACCUGUUCCUCAACUGCACCAGCGGCUACAGCACUGCAGCAUUCGGGUUAAGCUCCUGGCCCCGCUAAACAGCUUGACACUAACAAUUCCCACUGAAGUGACAGUCAACACCAACGCUAUUGAUCACUAGAUUCGCGAUCCAUAACACUCAACCAUGUCGUCGGAAAUCCCCCCUACGAUGCGCGCCUGGCAGUAUGCGCAGACUACUGGUGGCCUGGAACAAAACUUGGUGCUCAAGGACGAUGUUCCCGUGCCCACCCUCUCGCCGCGUCUGGGCGACAACGAGCUGCUCAUCGAGGUUCUCAGCGCGAGCAUCAACCCAUCAGACUACAAGGUCGCCGAACUGCCCCUGAAUCUGGGCCGUGCUCUCGUCCGAACUCCUGCCACUCCCGCCUGGGACUUUUGCGGACGCGUCGUCAAGUCCACCAACACCGUCGACAACUUUCGGGUCGGCGAGAUUGUCUUUGGCCGUCAAGCCCCUACUCAGCAGGGCGCUUGCGGUCAAUACAUCGUGGCAUCGGCAAAGGCUUGUGCCUCCCUGCCCUCGGGUGUCGACGUUGACGAGGCUGCCUCCAUCCCCUGUGCUGGAUUGACCGCCUACCAGACCAUUGCUCCCCACGUCAAGCCUGGCGACAAGGUCUUCCUCAAUGGCGGUUCCGGUGGUGUCGGCUCCUUUGGCAUUCAGAUUGCAAAGGCCCUUGGCUGCCAUGUCACAAUCUCGUGCUCUGCCGCCAAAGCCGAGCAAUGCAAGGCCCUUGGCGCCGACGACAUCAUUGACUACACAGCUGUCGAUGUCUGCCAGGCCCUGAAAGAACGCGGUCAAGUCUUCAAGCUCUGCGUCGACAAUGUCGGUUUUCCGGCGGAACUGUACAAGGCCGGCGAUGACUAUCUCCUGCCCGAUGGAAAGUUUGUGCAGGUCGGUGGGCCUAUGUCCUUGGCUGCCGUGUCUUCGACCAUGUCCAGGCUAUUGAGACCCUCCUUUCUCGGUGGCGGAAAACGCAAGUUUCAACUGUACACAUUGAUGGGCGAUCAAUACCAGGACUUGGCUAUACUCGGCCAGAUAGUCGCAGAGGGCAAAGUCAAGCCCGUAGUCGAGCAUGCCUAUGAGUUUGAGGAUGUUCCGACAGCCUUCAGGGACCUCAGGAAGGGCAAGACGCAUGGCAAGUUGGUCAUUCAUGUGUCUGAUAAGAGGGCAUGAGUUAUUGCAGCAUCCCCCACAUUUCCUGCAGACAUAUGCUCGUGAAAAGCACCAUGGUCCAGGCAUAAGCCAUAGCUAUCAUAUAAAAGCUCCUUGCUACUGUCAUCAGACCCUUUUGGUUCUCGUCACAACCUCCAUCAAGUCCGAAACUGCACAGGAUUACUGAUACAUACUCGCCAUCUGCUCCGCACCAAGAAGUAAAAGAGC